CGUCCCGCCCUGACACCAACAAAAAGUGGUCUCUUUUCAGUCUGUGUGGGAUGUCACUACAAUUUUCCUUUAAAUUUUUUAAUUCCUCUCGUUUAUAUUUUUGAUACGACAGCCUUAAUCACAUACGUAAUCCGUCCAAGGUAUUUCACAAAUCUCUCUGAGCUUUGUCCUAUGAGUAGGAACAGACGUUGAUGCUGCCCCUAGCAUUUGGCUGGUUUUCCUCUCGCUGGGCGGGCGGUCACAGAUCAACCUUCAGCCCUCCCCAGCAGUCGCUAAAAGCAAGCGGAUGAUCCGUUGCUACUGAACACCCGACAAGCCACAGCAACUUACUGCCGUAAGUAAACAAAGCUUGAACUCUCUUUGGAAUGCCCCGGAAUCACCUCCUACUUCCAACUCACCUGGGACAGAGGACAGGGACCAGCCUUUUUCUAAAGUCUUAAUAGCCUGCAAUGACUUUUUGCACAAGAUGUCUGAAACUGCACUGAAACAGGUGACUGUGCUGAAGGAGAAUGGACAGGAUGGAGAGAAAACCUUAGACUGGAGUUAUAUUGAUUGGCACCAGAAUGAAGACCUGGUGUCCAAAGGUGUGUCUGAAGUCCAGACGCAAACCACCACAGGGUCGCGCCAAGACAAGGAGACCCAGACUAGCAACCCUGUCAUCAUGCACAUCGAUUUGACUCGGACGAACUCCAAACUCAAACAGAGCCUCUCGUUGGACAGCGACAGCUUAGUGGCUCCUCUGUUCCAGUUCGAUCGUCAGGCCCCGGCUCGGAUCUCCACCUCGCCCACCCUGAGGAGAAUGAGGAGCACGCGGAGGCCCAUCAUGGACUUCCGGGACUCCAUGAGGAUGGAGAGCACGCAGGAAGAGGACAGCCUCGGCGACACCUUCUCCCCCAUCGGUCCCCUCUCCCCCCCCCACAGGCUGAUUUCUCCGCUGGCUGCCAGCCCUCUCUCCGAUACAGGAAGCCACCAUGACAGUCCACCAGACUCGUCAUCCAGCCAGGACAACCCCAGAUUUUCACACAGGUCAAAAACGCUGGACAAUGGCAUGGUUCACACGAGACAAGCGUGUUUAAACGCCCGGCAGAGCUCCAGUAAAGACUGCCUGGACAGGGACGAACAGGAAAAUGAACCAUGUCACAAAAGACUGCAGGAGCGGAGGCGGAGCUCUGUGGUGGUCAGCCUGCCAGGAUUGGACGUUUCCCCUGGUGACCUGUUUGUGUCCAAUGGAGUGGCCGACAUAUUAAACAGCUCCAACUUCUCAGAUACAAAGAAAUCCAAGUGGCCUUUUUCCCGACGGAGCACGAAAAAAGGGAAGGCUCCGACACGCACAGCAGCUGAUGUUGAGAAAUGCCUCUCCGGGGAGCAAAUACAGGACUGGAGAGACUCGGACUUCCAGAAGUACAAGGACUGCUCACUGGGGGAGUUCCUCCAGGACCAGUCCCUCCAGAGAAGGCCCGACUCCGACCCCCGGGACUACAAGAAGCAGGAAGCCAUAUGGGAGCUUUUCACCAGUGAAUGCGUCUACUUCCUGGACCAGCUCAUGGUGCUUAAAGAGGUGUUCCGGACCACCCUAGUCAACCUGCAGCUCCAUGACUGUCUAUCGGAUGUGGACUCCUGGCGGCUGUUCGCCAACCUCAAAGAGCUGUGUCUGGUGAGCUAUGGGUUCCUGUGCACCUUGCUGAACACCAUCAGGGACUCCUGGAAUAGCCCUGAGUCUGAGGGAGGAGGAUCUCUGCUGGACCUCCUCACCAAGGCGUUCCGUGAGAACAUCUGUUGCUGUCUCCAGAAGUACUGCCUCAACUACUCCACAGCCCUGCUCUACGUGGACAGCCUGAAACACAGGGAGGACUUUGGCUGCUAUGUCAAGUGGUGUGAGAGAAACCAGCAGUGCCGCAGGCUGCAGCUGCGCGACCUGUUGGUGGCGCCGUUACAGCGCCUGACUCGCUACCCGCUCCUGCUGAGGAACGUUGGGAAGAGGAGCCGGGCGGAGGAGGAGGAGGGGGCUCUCCGCAGGGUGGCGGAGCAAGUAGAAACCUCCAUAUGUGACCUGGAAGGCAAGGUGAAAUGGCUGGAGAACUACCAGAAAGUCAAGCAGCUGAGAGACGCACUGGUGUGGCUGCCUGUGUGGGAGAGGGACAAGCGGGCCUUCGUCCCCGAGAACCUGAAGCACCUGGUGAAGGCGGUGACCCUGGAGAACCUCAUCUCCCAUCGCAGCCUGCUGUUUGAAGGGAGGUUGGUCCUCACAGACAACACCAAGCUGACUGACGUCUACCUGUUCCUGUUUGAUGAGUUCCUGCUGAUCACCAAGAUCAAGAGGAAUAAGAAGAAGUCUGUGGUGGACCAGAACCCUCUCCGGCCGGCCCAGGGCCAGGAGCUGGACCAGCUGCUGAAGGACGGCUGCACCUUCACCGUCCUGGACCAGCCUGUCUCCCUCGACCGUCUUCAGAUGAAGAACGUAGACCAGCUCAAUGCCACUGCGUCGGGUCUUCCCCACUCCUUCAUCCUCAUGCACCAGAACCGCUACCAGCAGUACAUCGGUGCCUUCAUCCUCCAGGCUCCCUCCGAGUCCGUCAAGAGGGUGUGGAUGUCAAAGUUAGAGGGCGCUGUGGCAGCACUGUUGAAGAUCGACGCUCAGCAGCCCCGAGUGAAGAACUCCGAAUCCUCCCAGAUAUGACUCAGCGUUCAUCAUCAUUCUCACCAUGCACUCUGGAGUUCUGCAUAAGCAUUGUAUAUUUACCAGCAGAAUCAUUUUGUAAACUGGAUGUUUGCUUUGAAUGGGUGUCGAUUAUUACAAUAAACUGAUGACUGUG